CUCAACAGUACUUCAACCGAUGUUCGACGAAGAAAAUACUUUCAUAUUCUUCCUUCCAUCUCUCUAAAGAAGUUAACCUUACUUUUUUGAUUUUCUGUGUGUGUGUGUUUUUCUUUUUCUUUUUCUUUUCAAAUAUUUCGAUAAAAUAAUAGAGAAAUGUUGGGCUGUUGUUUAUUGGUUCUUAUUCCUAUUUUGUAUUUUUUGUUAGACAUUAAUUAUUUUCUCAGAUUAAUAUUUACGUUAUCUACGACUAAAUUAUUUCAAAAAAAGUCUAAAAUAAUGGACGAAACUACGAUCUAUGGUAUGUGUAUCCCUCAAGAUUUGGAUGCCAUAUUAUCAAAUAUGAGUAAUUCAAGAUAUUUACGUGAAAUAGAUUUUUCACGUUUCCAUUAUCUAAUGCAAACCGAAUUGUUUUCUGCUAUGAGAAAAAUGGGUGCAACAGCAGUUCUCGGUGGAUCUAAUGCGAGAUAUCGAAGACCAAUUCCUUUUUUCAUGAUGUACAAAGUCACUACUAAGUUGAUUUAUUGGGACGACAAAUCAUUCUAUUUCGAACAUAAAUUUAUAAAUCUACGAAAUAAUUUUAUUCAUGCUGUCAUUCUUUCCAAGCAAACAACAAUUGGCAUGAAAAUGCCAAUUAACGAGCUUCUACAAAAAUUUCAACCGGAAAUUCGUUUACCCGAAUUACAAGAUGAUCUACGAUUAUGGAUGGAAUCAAUGGAAUGUUCUUCUCAAAAACUUAGAAAAAAGGAUUAAAAAUCUUUCUUUUCUAUUUCUUAAACUUUUUACCAAAUU